UGUUUUGACCACGCCCCUCCACAGUUAAAGGCAUGCUGGGAUACCUCCUGUCAUGGCGGCAUGUUUUGAAUAGGAGGCUAACAUUGGCUGUUAGCGGUGAAGAUGCAGAGACCAGUCUCCAGUUUGCCUCUGAGUUCUAGUGUGAAGGUGAAACUGGUCAGCGCUGGUUUCCAGUUCACCUCAGACCUGCUGCACCUCAAACCGCCUCAACUCAGCAAAGAGGCUGGUUUGUCCCAGCAGGAGGCGCUGGAGGUGCUGCAGGCUGUGAGGAGUGAGGAGGGAGGAGGUGAUGAAGCAGCAGCAGCAGGAGGAGGAGGAGGAGGAACAGCGUCUCUGACCGCUCUGGAUCUUCUGCAGAAGGAGGAGGAGCUGAGGAGCAUCGUAACGUUCUCCUCACAGCUAGAUGCUGCACUCGGAGGAGGAUUUCCUGUCGGGAAAACCACAGAGAUCUGUGGAGUUCCAGGAAUCGGAAAAACACAACUGUGUCUGCAGCUGGCAGUGGACGUCCAGGUGCCGCAGUGUUUCGGGGGCGUUGAAGGUCAGGUGGUCUUCAUCGACACCGAGGGAAGCUUCUUCGUUCAGAGAGCCGUCGACAUCGCCGCCGCCGCCGUACGACACUGCUCCCUCUUGGCUGACGACGCAGAGCAACGAGAUGCCGUGACGACCUUUACCGUGGAAACCAUCCUGUCCAACAUGUUUGUGGUGCGUUGCCAUGACUACGUGGAGCUGCUGGCUGAGAUUCACCUGCUGCCUGACUUCCUGUCUCAGCACCCGAGGGUCCGCCUCCUGGUGAUUGACAGCGUGGCGUGCCCGUUCCGGCAGCUCUUUGACGACCUGUCGCAGAGGACACGCCUCCUCAACGGUCUCGCUCAGCAGCUCAUCGCCAUGGCAACCAACCACGACAUCGCCGUGGUGAUGACCAACCAGAUGACCACCCGGGUGCAGGGCAGCCAAUCGCAGCUGGUCCCCGCCCUCGGGGACAACUGGGGCCACGCCCCCACAAUCAGGCUCCUCCUACACUGGGAGGGGGCACGGCGGCUGGCAGCCAUCUUUAAAUCUCCAGGUCACAUGGAUGCCACCGUCCAAUACCAGAUCACCGCCGACGGGUUCAGAGACGUCGAACAAACAGGGCAGCCGCAGAGCAAACGACCCCGAACACAAACUGACCAAUCAGCUGCCGGACAGACAGACGGCAGCAGCUGACAGAGACCGUCAGCCAAUCAGAGACUGAGCUGGAUUCAGUUUGUUUAUAUGAAAUUGUAAACUUUGUAAAUGUUUGUUUCAACUGAUGCGUUCAUCAGUCUGUCAGUAAAGAGUCACUCAGCAUUAAUCUAUAUUUAUCAGUUAUCAUUCAGUUAUUAAUUAUCAGUAGAUUCAUUUCAUUAUUGAUUAAUCUGCAUAUUAUUGUCUUGACUCAUUGUUUUGUCCGUUAAAUGUCACAAAAAUAAUGAAAAAUAUUUGUCCACAGUGACGUCUUCUUGUUUUAUUAUCCUGAACGACAGAAAAGCUUCAAAUCAUCACAUUUCAAACAGUUCAAAAUGACUAAAAUGAUUAAUUACUGAU